GUCAACAAAAUGCAAACACGUGUGAGGAAGAAGCAUGUGGAAUACUAGCGAGAUAUUUACAAUUUUCACAGAGAUAUAAACUUUUAUUUUAUUGUAGAUAAGUGCGUAAAGUGUGAGGGAUAUUAAACGGUAAAAUGAAGUUCGCCUACAGGUUUACCAAUCUGCUCGGAGCCGUUUAUCGCCAGGGGAAUUUGAGUUUCUCAAAAGAUGGUAACGCUGUGAUCAGUCCGGUUGGAAACAGAGUUUCUAUCUUCGACCUGAAAAACAACACAUCUGAGACGUUACCUUUCUCCACUACAAAAAACAUAUCAUGUAUUGGUGUUUCUCCUGACGGGAACUUAGCAAUCGUGGUAGAUGAAGAUGGAGCAGCUGUGUUGGUCAGUCUCAUCACCAGAGCCAUUCUUCAUCAUUUCCACUUUCACAAACCUGUCAGCAGCAUCCGCUUCUCACCUGAUGGCAGGAAGUUCGUUGUUACGAAGGAUAACGUGGCUCUGAUGUACCACGCUCCUGGAAAGCAGCGAGAGUUUAACGCCUUCGUGUUGGACAAGAGCUACUACGGCCCCUACGAUGAAACCACCUGCAUCGACUGGACCGACGACUCCAAGUGUUUUGUGGUGGGCAGCAAAGACAUGUCGACGUGGGUGUUUGGUGCGGAGCGCUGGGCCAACCUCAUCUACUACUCACUGGGGGGACACAAGGACCUCAUCGUGGGAUGUUUCUUUGAGAAGGACAGCCUGGAUCUGUACACGGUGAGCCAGGACGGGACGCUGUGUGUCUGGGAGAGCGACACCGAGCUGGACGGCCUCGUCUUGAAGAAGAUCCAGGACAAAGCCAAGCUCCCGAGGCGAGGGGAGGCGCAGGAGGAGGAGGAGGAGGAGGAGUUUGAGGAGGAGAGGAUGGAGGCACAGGAGGGAGAGGUCAUCAGAGGGAAAGCUGAUCUUCCCAAAGAGAAGGAGAAGACUAAAAACGUCCGAUACAAGCAGAGGAGCAAACACUUCUUCAACAAGGAGGGGGAUUUUAAUAACCUGACAGCUGCCACCUACCACAAGCCCACCCACAUCCUGGUCACAGGUUUCGCCUCCGGAGUCUUCCACCUGCACGAACUUCCAGAGUUUAACCUCAUCCACUCCCUCAGUAUUGCAGACCAGAGAAUCGCCUCCGUGGCUAUAAACAGCUCUGGAGACUGGAUCGGCUUCGGCUGCUCAGGGAUGGGCCAGCUGCUGGUGUGGGAGUGGCAGAGCGAGUCCUACGUCUUCAAGCAGCAGGGACACUUCAACAACAUGGCGUCGCUGGCUUACUCUCCAGACGGACAGUACAUCGUGACGGGAGGAGACGACGGCAAGGUCAAAGUGUGGAACACCAACAGCGGCCUCUGCUUCGUCACCUUCACGGAGCACACCAGCAGCAUCACCAACGUCACCUUCACCUCCAGCGGCUUCGUCAUCGUCAGCGCUUCUCUGGACGGGACGGUCAGAGCGUUCGACCUGCACAGGUACAGGAACUUCAGGACGUUCACGUCUCCUCGGCCGGCGCAGUUCUCCUCCCUGGCAGUAGAUGUCAGCGGGGAGCUGGUGAGCGCAGGAGCCCAGGACUCCUUUGAGAUCUUCCUGUGGUCCAUGCAGACAGGCAGACUGCUGGAGGUCCUCGGGGGUCACGAGGGUCCCGUCAGCUGCCUGUGUUUCAGUCCGGUCCAGUCCAUCCUGGCCAGCGCCUCGUGGGACAGAACCGUGCGGCUGUGGGACAUGUUGGACAGCUGGCAGGUCAAAGAGACGCUCCCCCUCACCUCCGAUGGUUUGUCAGUGACUUACCGGCCUGAUGGUCAGGAGUUGGCUGUGGCCACUCUGAACGGGGAAAUCUCUUUCUGGAACCCACAAACAGCCACACAGACCGGCUCCGUGGCCGGGCGCCACGACCUGGAGACGGGCCGCAAAGACACGGAUAAAAUCACAGCCAAGCAGUCGGCAAAGGGAAAGUCCUUCACGUCGCUCUGCUACUCUGCAGACGGGGAGUCCAUGUUGGCCGGCGGCCAAUCCAAGUUCGUCUGCAUCUAUAAUGUGAAGGAGCAGAUGCUCAUGAAGAAGUUUGAGAUCUCCUGCAACCUGUCGUUUGAUGCCAUGGAGGAGUUUCUGGACCGACGGAAGAUGACGGAGUUCGGCAGCCUGGCUCUGGUGGACGAGGGAGCCGGAGACGGAGACGGAGUCAACAUCAGCCUCCCUGGAGUCAGGAAAGGUGAUAUGAGUUCUCGACACUUCAAGCCAGAGAUCAGAGUGAGCUCCCUGCGCUUCUCCCCUACUGGUCGCAGCUGGGCGGCCACCACCACCGAGGGCCUGCUGGUCUACUCCCUGGACGGCUCCCUGGUCUUCGACCCGUACGACCUGGACCUGGACGUGACUCCGGCCAGCAUACGCAAGCAGCUGCGUCUCCAGGAGUGGGCGCCGGCCAUCGUGCUCGCAUUCAGGCUCAACGAGAACGCUCUGAAGCAGGAAGUGCUGGAAACGGUACCGCACAAGCAGAUCCCGGUUGUUUGUGGCUCCCUACCGGACAUUUACGUGGAGAAGCUGUUGGGCUUCGUGGCGGCCAGUUUGGAGAAGUCGGGUCACCUGCAGUUCUACAUGACGUGGGCCCAGAGCCUGCUCAUGCUGCACGGACAGAAGCUCAAGAACAGGUCAGGAGCCAUACUGCCCACGCUCCAGGCGCUGCAGAAGAGCAUCCAGAGACACUUUGACGAUCUGUCCAAACUGUGUGACUUCAACAUGUAUAACAUUCGCUACGCGGAGGCUCUGUCCAAGCAGAGAGGCAUGAAGAGAGCAGCGGAGGAGGAGGAGGAGGAUGAAGAGCUGUCCGAAGAGAUGAGCGUGGCGUCCUCGCAGGAUGAAGAGUUGAUGCUGUAGGCUGGAAGCUAAUCCACCUCAACCAAAACCACAGCAGUUAUCACUGCAAAUAGAGAACAAUAUUGGACUGUAAAAGCGCAUUUUUGUCUACUUCAGAAUACAUUUGUAAACCGUUUUUUAAUAAAAACAUGUAAAUGUG